CGGGCAAUAUUAAACCGGUACCGCUGGAUUCUGGCCAUUAGUUUUACGUCUGUUUGUUUCCAAUCUAUUCACUAAAGCUCAACAGUACGCUGUAUUUGUGUAUAAUGUUAGCAAAGGUUCUGUCAUUAGCAUGUAGUACCUAUGCAUCUACCACUAAAGCAGCUGACAGUGAAAGAAGUUUAGUCGCAAUGUAAUCACGUAAUAAAAAGUGCGAAAAUAUUCGAGAUCAGUGCUUUAGUUUUAUGCGAUAAAAUGUAGUUUUACAUUCUAAAUAUUAAAAUUUGCUCGAAUCGAUACGAAAAUGAUCCAAACUCGCGCAGCAUUUCCUAUAAUCAUAGGAUUAUCAGUACUCAGUGUUGGUGCCGCCUGCGUCUACGCCUUCUUGAAAAAGAAAAGUGAACAAUCAGAUAGCGCAUCUGAUGAAGAUGGGUUUUCUAAAAUUUCGAAGCUAGUCCGAAUGAUAAGUAAAGACGAAUCGACAGUGAUCGAGCUAACGUUAUCCAAACAUAUUGUUCCGCUCGUAACUGGACGGAAAAACUGCACUAUUUUGCAUAUUCAAAACUGCACUAAUACGGAGAUAAGUUUUUAUAAAAAGGAUGAACUUUAUCAGAUUUGUAAAAUUCGCGGAACCGAGUCCGGGGUACGAGAGGCCGAACAAUUAAUUUUAAAGGAAGCUUCUCGACAGAUGAUACUUACAGAGGAGGUAGUCGUCCCGCAAACAGCAUGUGGGAAAAUUUUAGGACGAUGUGGAGACGCUCUACAGGAAAUUUGUCGUAAGUCAAUGGCCAAAGUUUGGAUCGAGGGUUCCCGAACACCAGGUGAAAAUCGCCGUGUUAUGAUAACCGGAACACAGAGUCAAAUCGUCACAGCAAAAUCUCUGAUAGAACAGAAAGUGAAAGAUGAUACCGAUUUUCGAAAGAGCCAGGAACAUUUGGAUAUCCGACGAGAACCUCGCAUUCGAACUCCCCCAAGUAGCCUCACAGCAACACCAGUUCCGCGAGAAGUUCUACCACCGACUGUUGAGAGACUUAAAACGACCAGUUCUUCUGGACAAUUAGAAGUAUUCGUAUCCGCAGUAGUUUCUCCCAGCCGUUUCUACUUGCAGUUAGUAGGGCCACAGUCUGCUGAACUUGACAUACUAGUAGAAACAAUGACUGAAUAUUACAACCAGCAAGAGAACCGUGAGUUGCACAUGAUUCGUAAACCGUACCUCGGUCAAAUUGUUGCUGCGGCUUUCAAUGCCGAUAGUAAAUGGUACCGCGCCGAAAUUGUCGCUAUCUUACCGAAUGAAUAUAAGCCUAACGAAGUUGUACUGGAUUUAUAUUUCGUUGAUUAUGGAGAUAAUCAAUAUAUUCAACCAUCAGAAGUUUACGAACUUCGACCCGAUUUCCUUGCACUGCGUUUUCAAGCAAUUGAAUGUUUUUUGGCCCACGUCGAAGCGAACAAUCCAGUGACCUCACUUACUGGUCAAGAAGAAUGGGAGCCAGCAGCCGUCAGCCGAUUCGAGGAGCUGACCCAUGUUGCCCAGUGGAAAAAACUGCUUUCGCGCAUAGCCACUUAUCAAAAUAAAGGUCACCGCGGCAGCCGCGAAGGUCGCGAGGGUUCACCAAUACCUGGUGUUGAAUUGUACGAUACCAUCGAUGGUAUGGACGUCAACAUUGCAUUGGAACUAAUUAGCGAAGGCUACGCUAAAACCUCAAAGAAGUUUGGUGAUUUGAACCAAAGUAAUGUUUUACGGCUUGAUGGAGGUUCUCGAACGACCAGCAUUGAGAGACUUAAUGACGUUUCGUCCGCUUCCACUACGAGCUCUAUUUCAUCAAUUAUUUCAACUAUUAACACUAGCAAAAAAACAUUACUGGAAAGUGCCAACAGAGAACCUAGUUCAGUCGCAAUGUUUGAAACUAAUGUGCCAGACUUCUCUGCUAUUAAUGUCAUAGAGUUAAAAAAGGACGUUAAUAGUAUUGAUCACGGGCAAGAAGUUUGUAAUGAUGCUAAUAGAAAUAAUGCUGCAGAGAAUAACACUGUAGAUACAGCAAAUAUUAGUCAAGCACACGAAAAUGUAAAUGGAAUCAGUAACGAUAGCGCUAAGAGUGAAAUCAAUCAAACCAAGAAUGGGUUACAUACUCCUGAUUGGAAUGAACUUUAUGAAGAAAACGCCAAAUGUUAAAUCGUUUUGAAGACACAUGUCUUCAACAUGACUAGAAAUAUGUUUAUUAACCUAUAGCGAAUUCGUUUAUCCUAACUAGUUUACAGCUAUAUAAACGAAUUAUGCUCGGUUGUUAGUUUUGCACAGUACUUUAUGCAAAACUAAACCUCAAGGUUAUAUACAAAUUCGCUAUAGUUUUUCGUUCCUCGUUAAAAGUUGGAUGAACGAGUUUGGCUUAUUUGUACUUCUUAGAAUACUGGCGAUUAGCUCAAAAACAAAUUCGUUAUUUAGGUAUGUUAAAGCGAUGACAACAUAUCAAGACUGGACAUUCGUCAUUUGACAGCGCCCGCUGUGUUUAUUAGUAUGGUUCAUAAAGACACGAGCGGCAUAUUCUACAUGUUGGAAAAUAAUUUGCAUUAAUAAUAUUCUUUAAUUGCACAUCUGCAACUAUUUUCAUUCAUCACUUACACCACUACAGUUUCGCCAUCAUAGGCAAACGUCAGUGGAAAACAUAUUAACGCUGUUCAAAAAGUUUAAAUAUUUUAGACGUUUUUUAAGUUCCAUUUUAAACUACAUAUAUGUUAUAUUUCUAUACUACUAUGCUAUUCAAACCUUGAUUUCGGCAUUAACUGACUAUUUUGGCAUAUUGUUUCUUACAUUGCGAAUUAAAAAAUUUUACGAAAAAAGGCCGUUUCGCUAUUCAAUUCAAAUAUGAUUGAGUGAUCAGUCUUGAGAUAUAUAGUUCUCGUUAUAGUCUAUUAAAAAUUUAUUUGUUCCUAAAUGAUUUACAUAUUCGCGAUGUUUAUCUCGCGAACGUCAUGUAGUAGGUCAAAAACAUGUAUUACACAACAAUGAUUAAAUUUUAAGUAAGCUAUUUUUUACCAUCACAUCUAUGUAUUUUCACAAUACUCAAGUCUUCCCUGCACCUUCGACAUGUCUACUGUAAAAAGCCAUAAUAGUGUUGCCCUUCAAGAUCCUUUGUAUAUAUGUAUUAUAUUUACUUUUUGAUACAUUUCAAGAAAAUAUAUACCUAAAGAUUGCCGUUCAAAGCAAAGAAAAGAAUUUGAAAAUUGUUCUUAGUUAUAUAGCUUUCUAUAAUGUAGGAGUAAACGUUGGAACAAUGUUUGUAAAAUUAAAUAGUCGGAAAACCAAACGAUGUCAUGGUGUCUAGUAUCACAUGAUGCUGUUAUCAAAGGUGCCACUUCUGAACAA